AAGUAGAUCAGCAAGUUGAGACAGCAGCUGCUGCUGCUGCCAGGAAGCUCCCUCCGUCCUGAGCCCUGUCGUGUGUCCCCCGCACCAUGGAGAUGGGUGUCGUCAUCUUCCUGGUGCAAAGGAAAUGAGAGGGAGUCGGAGCAGCCCUGCCCUUUAUGCCCUCAGCUACAAGGACAAAGACGUGGCAGGUGCAUGCCCCGCCCUGUCAGAAUUCUCCUACUCAAGUGCACUGGGCGCAUAGACACCUGCAGUGGAAUAUAUGUGUCCAAAAUACAUCCUGAAGAACAGCAGUUACUGGAGAGCGCAUGGAAUAUAUACAAGUGACUUGGCUGAAGUUCAACCAGGAAAAGGGAACGCUUUCUCUCUUCAAGACUGCUCUGCAACUGAAAUUAAACUUCUGAACUCAUCUUGUGAAACUAAAAAUGAAUUCUCAACCUGUCAUCUUUGUACAGCCCCAAUUUUCUGUGGCUACUGCACAAAGUAAUGUCUGGCAGACCGGGUUGAUGGAUUGCUGCAGUGACUGUGGAGUCUGCCUAUGUGGAGCAUUCUGCUUCUAUUGUCUUGGAUGUCAAGUAGCAAGUGACAUGAAUGAAUGCUACUGUUGUGGCGGAAGCGUUGCCAUGAGGACUCUCUACCGGACAAGAUACGGAAUCCCUGGAUCCAUCUGCUCUGAUUUCUGCACUAUCCUGUGGUGUCCUGUGUGUGCUCUUUGUCAAAUAAAGAGAGAUAUUAACAGAAGGAAGGAAAUGGGGAUAUUCUAGUAAGAUGUUCCUAUAUUCAUUGGUUGUGAGUCCUAUAAUUUCCAUAAGCAAGAGUCUCCUCAUUUCCUGCUGCACUUACUGUUCAAGAAAGUGCUGUAUGCAUUUUAAUUUGAUUGUUGGAAAGCACUACUUAUCUGAAAUAAAGUAAAGUAACAACCUCAAA